AGAGCAUUCUGAGCUUGCCUGUGCAAUCCUUUUUUUUUCCUACCCUGCAAUUUCCUGUGGGUUAUAAACGAAACCUUUCUAGCUGUUAAUGCAGGCUGUGAAUUGAAGAAAAAAAAGCAUGUAAUUAAUCAUAGGAGGUUGGGGGUGUUCGCUAAGCUUCAGUUACAGGGGAGAAGCUGGACAAGGCACUAGGACCUAGAAGGCAACUAUCCACCCUGGCAGGAAUUUCUUGCUUGGAGCUCAGACAACAAAGGCAUAGAGAGAUUGGUUUUCUUUCUCACAGCAUCUCCACCCAACCAGCAGAAAACCGGUUGCUGUGGUUCCACCAAAAUAUGGAACUUGAUUUUGGACAUUUUGACGAACGAGACAAAGCAUCUAGAAAUAUGAGAGGGUCACGGAUGAAUGGACUUCCAAGUCCCACUCAUAGUGCUCACUGUAGCUUCUACAGAACCAGAACCUUGCAGGCAUUAAGUAAUGAGAAGAAGGCCAAGAAGGUACGUUUCUACCGCAAUGGGGACCGUUACUUCAAGGGGAUUGUGUACGCUGUUUCUUCUGACCGUUUUCGUAGUUUUGAUGCAUUGCUGGCUGACCUGACUCGAUCCUUGUCCGACAACAUCAACCUGCCUCAGGGAGUGCGCUACAUUUACACUAUUGAUGGAUCCAGAAAGAUUGGAAGCAUGGAUGAACUGGAAGAAGGGGAAAGCUAUGUCUGUUCCUCAGACAACUUCUUUAAAAAGGUUGAGUAUACCAAGAAUGUCAAUCCCAACUGGUCGGUCAAUGUAAAGACAUCAGCCAACAUGAAAGCGCCCCAGUCCUUGGCUAGCAGCAACAGUGCUCAAGCCAGAGAGAACAAGGACUUCGUGCGCCCCAAACUUGUGACCAUCAUUCGCAGUGGGGUGAAGCCUCGGAAGGCGGUGCGUGUGCUUCUCAACAAGAAAACAGCCCACUCUUUCGAGCAGGUCCUCACUGACAUCACAGAAGCGAUCAAACUGGAAACCGGAGUUGUCAAAAAACUCUAUACCCUUGAUGGAAAGCAGGUCACCUGUCUCCAUGAUUUCUUUGGUGAUGAUGAUGUGUUCAUUGCUUGUGGCCCUGAAAAGUUCCGCUAUGCUCAAGAUGACUUCUCCUUGGAUGAGAAUGAAUGCAGAGUCAUGAAAGGGAAUCCAUCUGCCACAGCUGGCCCAAAAGCUUCCCCAACACCUCAAAAGACAUCUGCUAAAAGCCCAGGCCCAAUGCGCCGCAGCAAGUCUCCAGCUGACUCAGGUAACGACCAAGACGCAAAUGGAACUUCUAGCAGUCAGCUCUCAACACCUAAGUCGAAGCAGUCUCCUAUCUCUACACCCACAAGCCCUGGAAGUCUGCGGAAGCACAAGGUAGACUUGUACCUGCCACUGUCAUUGGAUGACUCUGAUUCACUUGGCGAUUCCAUGUGAAAGAUGAUAGGCUAAAUCAAAGCCGAUUAUUAUAGCAGAAUACUUUCGCUCAAGUGACCAACAAGGCUAUUGGUGCUUAGACAUUUUUGUUGUUAUUGUUGCUUUUCAAAACACUCUGUAGUAUGUAGGGUUUAUUUUCUUGUGACUUCUCUUCUGGGCCACUAAUUCACAUUUACCAAUAAGAGAUAGAUUGAUAACCAUCUUUUGAGUGACUUUUCCAGAACUGCAAAAUGUGCUAGUCCAUGACCUUUCUACUGAAUGCUUAGGGGCCUUUGUAUUUUCCCCAUUCAAUUUGUGCAGAAACUAGUCUUUCUUCUCUAGAAGGCUGUUUACGUACACAUCGCUUAAAAUGUUUAUGUGUGGGGGAAAACUUUCAUAUGCAGAUCUAAAAGUGAAAAACCUAAGUGUCCCUUGCCUCUGUAUCUUCAGAAUGCUGGAGGAUCUCAGGAGAGUGGCAAGUCAGAUCCUUGGCCUCACUCGUUGCUCUUAAUUGAGCCUCCAGUGUAUUGUCUAGCAUUCAUUCUGGCUGUUGAGAUGGAGAAACACCAGCGACUUCCAAUGUGACACCAUGUGCUUAAGGCUGUGGUAUCAGACUGGCUGCAAGAGAUGAGGUAGAAUUUAGGGGAAAAACUGCCCAAAUUUCAGUAGGAUUUACAUAAAGCACAGUGGAUUCCUGGUCAACUCCUCUACUGGGGAAAUUUUGGAAUCAAUCAAUAAUUGAUUAGUUUGGGGUACAUGAUGUCACAUACAUGAUCCCACCAGGAGGCUUUCUAAUGUACACGUUAGUACAUGAACCGCAUGGUAUCCAUCUAGCUCUGUUCUAUUGAAUGCCUUGUAAACAACCAACACUACAAACACUGUGAGAAUUUGUUUUCAGGUCUGACACCUUUUGGUCGCUUUUUAUAGCAAGAAACCAUAUCCAUUUUUUAUAAUAACUCAAGUCUGUAUUUCAGGAGCAAAACUCUUCGGGCUCCUUUUUUAUAAGCUGGUGAUUUUUUUCCUUUGUCUAAAAAACACGAGUAGAAAAUUGACCAAAAAAAUGCAGAAGAAUACUGUAGUUUAGAAAUCAUGCUCUCACUGCCAAACAGAAAGCUCCGGGAGAAAACUCAACGACUAGAGGCCAAUUCAAUAGAAUCAGGUUUUUGAUACCUUUUUAACAGUUACACUUUCAGUACUAAUUUCAAUGUGGACCAGACAUUCUAAUUAUAUUUUAAAUGAAAUGUUAUGGCAUAUUUUAAGUAAGUCUUUUUUAUCUAUAAUCCUAAUAUUUCAUACUUAAGAUACAGAGACCUUUCACUUGACUUUAACAUUUAGAAAGGAUUUCUCUUUAUUAAGGAUUGCUCACUUGAAAUAACUGUCUUUGAGGUACAGGUUUUUAAAAUUACUUUUUCUCUGUAAUCAUAGCCCAUGAUAGCCAAGACAACUAAAUUUAGGUGAAAGCCAUGCAUGCCAAUUCUGUGUUUGAUUUUUAGUAGAUAGGCAGAUUUCCUUUACUUCUUUGUCAUUGUUCAGAUAGCUUGAAAGAUGCAGCGUUCAAAGCCAACAUGUCGUUUGGCUGCUGAAUGACAUGCAGCUGUCCCUUCAUUCUAAGUAAAAUGAGUGUGGGGUUCGUGUGUGUGUGUGUGUGUGUGUGUGUGUGUGUGUGUGUGUGUGUGUGUGUGUGUGUGUCUAGGCUGCUUCACAAUUAGGAAAUACUGCACAAGACAACUCAACGUGGAUUGAUGACAACUUGGUGGCAUUGCUGAUGCGCAGGGGGAAGUAGGAUGGCAGGGGUAGCGAGAGCCCCCUUGAUAAAUUUCAGAUGUCCUUAAUUACUAGAUUACAAGAAACAUUUUCGGUUUUGGUUCAGGAGAAGGGGGAUGAUGAGAGCUCUGGUUUCUGCUCAAACUGCUCAUUGAAGAGCCCAAAAUGAUGAGGUUUUGCUCUUCCCCCCUCUUUAUUGGUAAGCCCACAUGAAAUGAUUAAGAAACCCAUUUUAAUCAGCCCCUAUUUUUUCUAGAAGCUCAGUGAUUUCUUAGUGCCUCCCAGAGCAUUUGAGUUAAUUAGGGAAAAUUGGUUAUUUGGGAUGGAUAGAAAUUGUGGUAGGAGGUCUAUUUUUAACCUCUGGGCCAGAUCCUCCAGCACACUCUAUGUUGGUCUUUGAGCAAAUCCCAUGUUGUCCCAAGUAUUCAUUUAAGACGAGACAUGCAGAUCCUACUGAAAGAGUAGGAGCAAAGAGAAUUCAACAGUCCUCAUGCCCAGGCCCCUUGGUUCUCUGAGUAUUUCUCUACUUGUAGCAUAAUAUAGCACAAGAAAGUACUGUGGGCAUAUCUUUAGAAUAUUCUUAGAACAAACAUUCUUUUAUAACAACAGUGUCCUUUCUGCUUUUCUUUGAGCUAACUACAAGGAAACCUUUACAAAACACUUUUUAUUUAUAUACAGGAACAGUUACAUAUAAAAAAUAUUUUUAACUGCUAUUUUGUGUGGUAUAAUUGAAAACUCAAGUCUCCAAUAAUUUCAUUUUAAAUUGGCUGAAAUUCAAGUAAAUUGUUUUCAGAAAUAAGCUCCUACACCCCCCAAAUUCAUUCUCAGUUUUUCCUAAUACAGUUUUACUACUUUAGUCCCAUCGAGUUCAGUGUGCAUGGUCAGCAAGCAUUUGCCACCACUUCCCAUAACACCUCCCCCUCUCUCUUUUUCUCUUUCUCUCUGUCUCUCUGUCUCUCUCACGCGCGUGUGCGCGCGCGCUCACACACACACACACACACACACACACACACACACACACACCAUGUUGCUUGUUCCUACCUCCUGACUUUUCUUCCCCACAGAAAUAGAAAUAGGGGCAUAAAAAGGGAAAUGUAUAUAUGGGGGCUGGGUUGAACAACUAACUUCGUAAGUAGUGCUAAGUAGAAUUAAAGCGAGAGAAAAGCUUCUUUUCUCAUCACUGUUUUGGAAAGGAUAGCCAUUAGCAUGACUGCUUUGUGUCCUUGCGGACUUUAGUAUUAGCCUAGACUGAGUUAUAGCAUUUUCUAGCUGGAAGGAAGAUUAAGAUCACAUCAUCUGCUCCAAAUUUUUCAUUUUCUUAAGGCCAGGAAACAGACCAAGAUGUAAAGUGAUUUCCCCCUAAGGUCACACAGCUGCCCAUUGGCAGUGCUGGGAUUAGAACCUACACCUCUGGGCUCAUAUUCCGGGGUAUUUUCCCAACUAGCCAGUAUUGUCUUUUGUGAGGUUGCUGAAAAUUCUUUCCCAGGGUCAUGUUGCAUCCUGGAUCUAUAUGCUACUUUGCUGGUCUCAGCAAGAAAUCCACACAGCAAUCUAAUCUGGCCCUUCCUCCUCAUUUUCACAUUACUUCAUCCACAUGGCCUGUCAACAGCGCCAAGGAGAGGGAUGCAUUGAAAUGUUGGGCACCAGAAGGUGGCUGCCCUACCUUGAGGAAUCUUCUAAAUGGCCCUCUGAACUCCUACUUUAUCCACGUAGAAUGGAAAAUGACUACUUUGUCCCUUAUCGGCUUCCUUCAAUGUCAUGGCACACAUGUUCCUCCCAGGAUAUGGAAGUGGUUACUUGUUUCUGGGACAGAGAAAAUAAGAAAUGAAGAACAGAGCAAUAGCUUUGUUUAUUCUGACUUUCUAAGAUGACUUUUUUAUCAUUUAAAAAUUAGUCUGGCUAUCUUUCCUACUAAUAACGAUUUCCUUUAAAAUAUGGUAGUGAGCCAAGCCAGAGAAAGAUAAUCAAGUCUCGUAUUUGUCCUGAAUCUCUAUGUCCUCAUAGCCACGCUCCCUGGUGCAAACAAUUUUCAGGUUUAAACAAGUUGAUUUUGUUUACUAAAUUGUGCCCUGGCUGACACUGAAUAUUUGUAUCUAUACCAAAAAUAGCACAGUGACUUUACACAUUAUGUUCUCUCUCUCUAUGUAGCUUAUUUCUGUGGCUUUCCAUGACAGAAGUUAGGGCAACGUGAUCUGUACGUGUUAGUUUCUUUGCAUCAAGGAACUAACAAAUAUUGACUGAAUUCUAAAAGAACUCUUACUAGACUUACCCAAGUUCAGGAACUUCUCUAUCUUUUCUUCUCUCCAGUUGGGAGUGACCAAGGAAUCGUAAAGUGGGUGUGUAUCUUCUAUAUCCUAGGAUCAUCUAGCCUAAGUUUAAGGCAACUAGCCCAAUGCUUGAUUUGUAUAAAAUUGUGUAUCCAUCACCGGUCUCCUCAAUAUCCUACAUAGAGAUUUUCCCAGUUCCUCUCACAUUAGAUUCCAAAUGGAUUUCCCAUUUAGAAAACAGAGAAGGAACUAAGCCCUAUCUCCUUGGAAUGGGAGCAGUCACAUGUCCAUGGGUCCCCAAUGAACUUCUGUGAUGGUGAGAAUAUUUCAGGAGAGGAGACUGCCUUGGGAACAGCUAUAGCAAGAGACUUCUCCAGCAGAAACCCGAUGACGGCAUAGCUUUACUGACUUCCUUCAUGAUCUAGUUUGCAUAGGAUCUUUCUCUUUUCUUCCUUUAUUCUUCUUUUUUUGGAAUUUAUUGGAGCCUGUUCUUGGGCACAUGGGGCCAUUUGGACCCAUACCUAGGCCUCAGUUAUAUAUUGCCUUCGCUUUUUAAGAGGAUUAGGCUUCUAGAUUCAAACUGGUUUUCUAAGUAGGGAAGGUGUAUUUUGAAAGUCAUACGGGGCACAGGAGGGCUGAUGGUCCUAUUAUUUAGAGCUGGAACCCUGAGAUGGCAAAGGAUGAGUACUGACCUAGGCAUUUAGAAUACGUCAGGGCUGAUCUGGAGUUUAGAGGCUGUCAUGCUUCUGCCUCUGGCCUACUAAAACCACAUGUGUAGUGCAACUCACAAUUCUGGGAAUCAUGUAGGAUUUCCUCUUCUUUCAAUCAUGGCCACCUGGAGCAAGAAUAGGCCACUGACUUUUCAGGCUUUCCUUUUGAUUAGAGAGGCCUCUAUCUGCCUUGGGUGCAAAAUGAAGUUUCAUUAGCCAUCACACCAAAGGCUUCUUAGUGGUCACUUGUAUGCCCCCUCUUUCAGGAUUGAUGUAGAGCUCCUGCUUUGGCCAAACUGGUGUGAGAUUGGCUAUCUUUGGGAAGUGAAGUGUUUCUUAAGCUGUUUGGAGUCAAAAUAUUCUGUAAUUAGAAGUGAUUUUGCCCCUCUUUAGCAUACCUGGGGUUAGGGAAGUAGAGAAUUCUCAAUUGAAAGUAAGUCACUUUCCUGCUUGGGUAAUAAGGCCAGGUGAGUUGCAAAAGGUCAAAGAGAACACAAAAGUCAGAAGACAAAGUCUUGUAAUCUAAAGCAAAGACCCGAAGGUUUCAGAAUGUCUCAAGUCUGGGCAAUAAUUCAAGGAAAUAAAUGGCUAUUUGUCAUUCCAUUUCCUGUUUUCUUUCUCUAUUUAGAUGCCUAUAUUUGUUCUCAGUUUCGACUCUGUUAUCAAUUUCUCAUUCCGUAGCAAAAACAUCCAUUCUUUGACGUGUGCGGCACUUCCUCCUCUUGGAAUUCUUUGCACCUUCCCACCUCACAACUGGGCAUAUGCAGCUUCAUAGUCUGUUAAGUUUUGCCUUGGGAUUGAAGGGAAAUAAUUUUCCAUUUCGACAAUUCCUGGUUCUACCCAAGUUCAGUCACAAGUAGGUUGGUAGAAAUCAACCUGAUUCUGGCCCUUUCUUCUUUUCUGUUUUAGUCUCAGCAGAUCUUUUCAAACGUUGUCCUUUCGGCUCAUGAAUGUUAGGUAUUUACCUUCUAAGCAAGCAUUGUACAGAACACUUUCUGCUUCUUUUGAAAUGUCAUUUUGUGAACAGAUUGUAAUGUGCUCAGAUAAAUAAUCAGCUGAACAGGAAAAGAGUCUACCCAUCUAUUCAAAUUGGCAAACUAUUGUUAGUUGGUUUCUUUAAAUUUGCUCAUAGUUUUGAAAAGCUGCAAUAUAAUAUCAUGAGAGACCACAGAUAAUUGUUCCUGUCAUUUGGUUGGGCUGAAUAGAGACUGGGGGUGGGGGUGGGGGUGGGGAAGCAGGAACGAUUUGUUUAAACUUUUACCACUAUUCAUUAAGCUCUCUCUGUUAUAACAUUAUGAUCUGUGUUUGCCACUUAUUGAAUUAUUUAAGCUAAGCUGGUAGGCAAUUAAAAUUAAUUUAAGUCAAAAAGUAUCUAACACAUCUAGGCUAAAGAAAAAAAAUACUUAGUUGAAAUGUAUUUGUCCUUCCAAUAUUAGAUUUACCUAAACAUUUUCCUUUUAACAUCAACUGUUCAUGAUCCAGGACUGUCUGUCCAUGUAUGUCCUGUAAAUUAGCAGGCUUAAGUCUACUGAUUAAUUCAACAGAGUUCAGAAUCCCUGGGGAUGUCAAUGUCACUGCUUGGCAAUACCAUAUGUAUUGCCUAUUUUUUCCAGUGACUUUUCUUUCUAAGUUCUCUUAAAGAGGUUUGCGAAAGUAAGAAGUUAAGCUAAAAUAUAUCCAAUGUUUGGUAGUGUAUCAUAUUGCAGCAUUAAACCAACAACCCUUUAUGACUUAUACACAGCUAAUGCAUGGUUUGAGAGUGGAUUUUGCAUUUUUCAUGUGCAGUAAAUUAUUUAAAAUGUUUUUGGUCACCUUUUUGUGCCAUUAAACUUGUACAGAAAAUGCUCUUAUGGCCAUUUUCAAAGGGAGAAAGUUUAAAAUGGAAACAGCCCACCCUUUCUGCCCUAUAGCUGUAGUUAGAAUUGAGUACGUGUAGAAAAACGGCUGUAAUUGGUGGUUGUAGUGUUAGAGUUUGUUAGCUGGCUAGUGACUACCUUUGGAGAGUAAAUGCAUGGUCUUGUACAUCACAUUUCUUAAAUAACUCUUUUUAACCUCGGAAAAGAAUAUAUUAUUCCAUGUGGCCCUCUUCCCUCCCUCCACUCCCUGCUCCCAGAUAUCUUACCAUUAACUGUAAAUAACCGAUUUAGGGGCCAAGAAUUCCUGCCAAGUAAAGUCAGAAACGAGCAAAAAAACCAAGGGGCGUGUGUGAAGAGAAUUUUACAACAAUUUCUCAGAAGUCAUUGACCAUUUCUAAAGGAAAGGCACGGUUAUCAAAGCUUCAGCUGUCUUUGACCUAAAAAUCAGAGGCAAAUUGGGAGGGUCUUUGGCUGCCAGAUUACAGUAUAGAAUUGAAUAAUUCUUAGAAUCAUACAACCCAAGGAUGUCCCUGAUCCCUGCACUAGUUGUGAGGUAUUUGGAUGCAUCAAAGGUGUGUUGACCUAUAUUUAUUGGGGACAAAAGAAAAGCAAAUGUGCAACGAAUGCUCAGGGGUUUCAGCUAGGCCCCAGUCAGCAAAAGCAAGGAGGUGAGUUUAGAUAGAUGCAUUGUCUGUUUCCCAGGCAAUGCUUAGACUUUGAGUGAUACAAAGGCAGUGUUUCAAGAAGACACUCUCUUCUUUGGUUUGCUGUUCUCUCUUGGACUGGUAUGUUUGGCAAGGCCCAUGUAAGCUGGUUAGAGCAGGUCUUUUAUCUCCCCCACCAUAAUUUGAUGAGGGCUCUUUGGUUUGAGGACUUCAAGGCUGUCUAGAGAAGUUCCCCCAUGUGUGUGAGGUGUUGUGAACUGUGAACACUGUACAUCUUCAGUGUUCAAUACAGGGCAGCCAAAGAGCUGCUCUUGCAAUCUUUUUUGGCUCUCAAGCUCUGUUCUCCAUCGAAUUCUCAUUUCUGUGUACAUUUGCAAGAUGUGUGUAAUGUCAUUUUCCAAAAAUAAAAUUUGAUUUCAAUA